ACAAGGUUGACAAGUUAGCGGCCCAAAAGAAAAUCAAACGUCAGCAAGCAAACCUCGGGGAGUCUGGACCCCGUCAUGGGCUAGGUGGUCUGGCUGGUGGUCUGGCCCGGACUUCCCAUCAAACGGCCUCGGAGCUCGAGAAGCACAAGCCGCUUACGAAAACAAGAGUCCAGUCUCGGCCCAUGGGCCAGACUGCCAGCGGCCAGCCUGUCAGCCUGCCAGCCCCCCUUCCCAUCCCAUUGUGUCGUCCAAGGUACGAACGGAUGGUAGAACCUGCAGCAGCAUAAACUCUCGUGGCUUCCCACAUCAGACGGCAUCCCUUCUCGCAGGCACUCCUUCUGUUUUUGUUCUUCUGCUCCUCGACCUUACUCCGUACGAGCCCUUUCUCAACGUGAAACCCCAGAAAGAUCAUCCUCUUCCCCCCCGCCGCCCCCAAUGUUCGCCGAUCUCCCGGAUCAUCUCUCCAGAUCCUUCUUUCCUCGUGUCGAGAUCCACCGUGGGAUUGUUUCCUCUUACCCGUCAACCUCUUCACAGUCACGGUGCGAGAUCGAUAGAACAGUGGGCAAAUCGACAAAUCCCGUGGAGCAGAAAUUCAGAAUCCCAUCCACCCGGCCCUACGAACCGACGCCUUUCACCACCACCACAACCAUCCCCGGCCGAAUCUCCGGAAACCCGCAAGACACCCAAGAAAGAGGAGCAAGAGAAUCCCAACGGUCGUGGUGUGGGCCAGGAGGCGCAGGCGCAACAGCCCAGCAGCAGCGGACCAGCGGUACCCCUUCAACUUUCAAACGAAAAAAAAAAAAAAAGUCCAAUCUAGAUUCUGGAUUCCCUCGGUCCCUCGUGGAUGGUGGAUUCGUGGGAACACGCAGUUGCGGAGGAGAAAUAAAAAGGGACGUUCCAGACCGUUCCGGACCUCCUUGGCAGGGACCCCGGCACAUCAGACCACCCGGCGCCACACGGCCGGGCCUAGACCUCGCCCAUCCCAUGCGGGGGGGUAACCGUACCGUACCGCAACCGCGACAACCACACAGACACCCACCACCACCACCCCCUCCCGAAAAGCUUCCCGCCUGCACACUGCGCGUCCUACCCGCAUGGAUCGGGGGGGGGGGGGGGGUCCUGCACCCUAAAGAUCUGGCGUGAACCUGUCUGGGCUCUCUCUGUGGCCAAGAAAUCCCUCUAUACGGUGGAGGCUUACGGAGGCAUGAGAACCCUUUUUCACUUAUCAGGGUCCUGAAAAAGGUCCAGAGGACAGGCACUGUGGGCGCAGCAGGUCCGAGUAUCCCGUGCUGACA